AUGGAUCGAGUAGAGAAGAUGGAGAGGAGUGGAGACAAGAAAAAAUUCUGGGAUUUUGUUCAUGGGUUGAAACCAGUUAUGAUGAUGAUAAUAGCUAAUGGAUUCUUCAGUGGAAUGAGUAUUCUAUAUAAAAUUGCUUCGACGAAAGGCAUGAGCUUGAGGGUUCUUAUUGCUUAUCGCUUCAUCAUUGCUGCUGUUCUUAGUUUUCUUAUCGCUUUCUACACUGAAAGAAAGACCAGGCCUAAGCUAACGAGGAUGAUUCUCUUUCAGGCCUUUUCUUGUGCAUUAUUUGGGAGUUCAAUGGCUCAAAAUUUAUUUGCAAAGAGCUUAGUCUUAACCUCAGCUACGUUAGCCACUGCCAUCAUUAACCUCAUUCCUGCUGCUACCUUCAUCUUAGCAAUUCCUUUCGGAUUGGAGACUUUAAGCUUGAAAACAAAAGCGGGCCAAGCAAAGGUGAUUGGACUGUUGAUAGGUAUAGGUGGAGCAAUGUUUUUAACAUUCUACAAAGGAAGGGAAUUUAAUAUAUGGUCAGCUCAAUCUAACUUGUUAGACCAUAGUAGUGGACAUAUAGCAGGUACACCUACUUCAAAAAACCCACACUCUCAUAUUUUGGGUGUGUUAUUGGCUCUGGCUUGCGUUCUCUCUAAUGCCAUUAACUUGACUAUUCAGGCUAAGAUGAGCAAGUCGUACCCUUGCCACUUUUCUAGCUCUGCUUUGAUCAACGUCAUGGCCUCACUCCAAUCUACCGGGUUUGCACUGUGUACAGAAAGGGAUUGGAGCCAAUGGAAACUAGGGUGGAACCUCAAACUCCUCAUAGUUGUUUAUGCGGGAGUGGUGGCCUCUACAUUUGCAACGUGUUUAAUGAUGUGCAGCAUAAGCAUGAAAGGCCCAGUAUUUGUGUCUGCUUUCAACCCCUUCAUGCUCAUAUGUGUCGCCAUUGCCAGCAUAAUAUUCCUCAAGGAGAACCCAUACUUGGGCAGCGUGAUAGGAGCGGUGGUCAUAAUCGUGGGGUUAUACAUGGUGAUAUGGGGGAAGCAUAAGGAAAUGAAGGAAGCAUUAUCCAAGUUGGCACCGGCAGAAAGUGACGACGAAGAAGUUCCAUACCCCGACAAGAAAGACGUUAAAGUUGGCAACAACGUUGUUGCUGUUGCUCCCAAUUUUAUAUCGGAGCCGGCAAGAGUAGUCGUCGGAGAAAAAGAGGUGGAAUUGCAGGGAGUGGCUAAAGGAGAUUUGAAUGUUUAA